AUGCAGGGUAAUGAGUUAAAAAAUAUAUACACUCAAUUACUAAGUGACUUAGUAGUAUUGGACCCGAAAAAUUGGCCAGAUCAAUUUGAUAUACAAUAUGGUGAUUCGGCAAUUAGAAGAUUAGCUAAUGUGUUUCAAGUUGAUGCAAGAUCUGCGAUAAAUGGAUUUCGAGAAUUUAAAGAUCUUGGAGAUAAAGAAAAUUCCGGUGAUUCAAAUGACUCAUUUCUUAAUUCGCCAAUAUUAAUAGGUGAAGAAAUUGAAACUUAUGUUAAUUCUAUUACAAUAAAAUCAAGUGAAAUAAUUCAGGAUAUUUCAUCCAAUAUUCAUAAAUCUACAUCUUCUUCGACUAGUUUUGAAACUUUUUUUCAACUUAUAAAUUGUAACGAUCCACCUUCUUGGCCCCCAAUUACGGAUAGCGUUCGAGUUUACCUUGUAAUGCAAGAACUUGAUCAAGGCAAAGAUGCUGAUUUUAGUAAAUCUGUGUCAGACGGUGGUCGUCGAUUUUCUCCUUAUUGGUUUAAAAAAACUUUACCAAACAAUGAAGUUAUAGACAGAAAUUGGUUGAUUUAUUCUAAAAAUAGUAAAGCAGUAUUCUGUUUUCCAUGUUGUUUAUUUAAAUCAAAUACCUUAAAAACUGCAAGUAUUGCAUGUAUAAACGAGGGUUUUUCGGAUUGGAAAAAUAUUAAUCGUAUUUUAGAUCACGAGAAAUCGGCUGAUCAUAAAAAUCAUUUCUUACAAUGGAAAUCUCUUGAAAAUAGGUUAAAAAACUCUCAAUGCAUUGACGAUGAGAUGAAUUAUAAAAAGCGAUUUUUCUAG